AUGAGAGGCCUUGUCUUUGGCCCUACACGCAGAGAAGUGGAACUCUCUGCAUCUGGCAAACGUUUACGAGUCGAGAAAGCUAGUUCUGGGAGAACUGGGGAUCUCGCUUUGCGGGAUGAAGAUGAAUCACUGGCGGAGACUAAUUCUACGCCUUCCGAGUCAAGGGAUAUGGAUGCUACUCAUAAUGGAGUGGGUGAGGAUUUGUUUGUCCAUGCGAGGGUUAAGAAUGGGACAGAGGUGGUUCAUGUGAUUGUUGUCUAUGCGGCUCCUACAGUUGGUAGAAGAAGUGGAUUGUGGGAGGUGCUUAGUCAGUCAAUACAUGGUGUGGAAGAGCCUGUUAUUAUGGGAGGAGAUUUUAAUACCAUUGUCAGAUUGGAUGAGAGGACUGGUGGUAAUGGGAGACUGUCUCCUGAUUCACUUUCCUUUGGAGAAUGGAUCAAUGCAAAUUCGUUAAUUGAUAUGGGGUUUAAAGGGAACAGAUAUAAUUGGCGGCGUGGAAGGGUGGCUGAGACUUUUAUCGCGAAACUUUUGGACAGAAUUUUGUGUUGUCCUCAAGCCCGUCUCAAGUGGCAGGAAGCGGUGGUCUCACACUUGCCUUUUAUGGCAUCUGAUCAUGCCCCUCUCUACUUGCAGUUGUGUCCAGAGGUGAAAGGUAACCCGCAGAGGCGUCCAUUUCGUUUUGAGGCUGCAUGGUUGAGUCAUAGAGGUUUCAAAGAGUUGGUGUCUACAUCUUGGAAUGGGGAGCUGGUGACACCAGAGGCUCUACAGAGGUUGACAACCAUUUUGCAGAAGUGGAACAGGGAAGUGUUUGGUGAUAUCAAUAGACGUAAGGAUACUCUGAUUCAUGACAUUAAAGUUCUUCAAGAUCAACUGGACCUGAACCAAACUGAUGACUUGUUAUCUGAGGAGGAUAAAUUGAUGAAGGAACUUGAUGUGGUUUUAGAACAAGAGGAAGUUUCUUUGGUACCAGAAGUCGAGGGAAAAAUGGAUAGUGUUGGGAGACAAGAACUUAACUCGGCGUUAACUGCUCUUAAUAGACCUUUUUUGGCUACUGAAGUGGAGUUUUCUAUCAGGUGUAUGGGGAAGUAUAAGGCUCCUGGGCCUGAUGGCUUCCAGCCUAUUUUUUAUCAACAUUGCUGGGAUAUGGUCGGUACAUCGGUGACUCGCUUUGUCUUAGAUUUCUUUGAGACAGGGGUGCUCCCACGAGAGUUAAAUGAUGCUUUGGUGGUACUCAUUGCUAAGGUGGUAAAACCAGAGAAUAUGGCGCAGUUCAGACCAAUCAGCUUGUGUAAUGUUCUGUUCAAGAUAAUUACGAAGAUGAUGGUGUUGAGACUUAAGACAGUUAUGCCAAAGCUCAUUGGACCAGCUCAAGCCAGUUUUAUCCCUGUUCGCUUAAGUACCGAUAAUAUCGUGAUAGUUCAAGAAGCGGUUCACUCAAUGCGGCGUAAGAACGGUAGGAAGGGGUGGAUGUUGCUGAAAUUAGACCUCGAGAAAGCUUAUGAUCGAGUUCGUUGGGAUUUUUUGGAGGAUACACUAAAAGUGGCGGGUUUGUCUACGGAGUGGAGAAAUUGGAUACUACAGUGUGUUGUUGGACCCUCAAUGACGGUCUUGUGGAAUGGCGAGAAGACAAUACCCUUUACCCCAUCACGAGGGCUUAGGCAGGGUGAUCCUUUGUCCCCAUAUCUCUUUGUGAUGUGUCUGGAGAGACUAUGUCACUUGAUUGAAAUAUCUGUUAACUCCAAGGAAUGGAAACCAAUCAGUUUGUCUCGUGGUGGUCCCAAGUUAUCACACAUUUGCUUCGCGGAUGAUCUCAUUCUCUUUGCAGAAGCAUAUGCGGCUCAGAUUCGGAUUAUUCGGAAAGUGAUGGAGAGUUUCUGUGUAGCAUCUGGCCAAAAGGACCUUGGUAAGUACCUUGGGAUGCCAAUAUUACAUAAACGUAUAAAAAAGGAGACCUUCAGACAGGUCAUUGAGAGGGUGAAUUCACGGUUGUCGGGUUGGAAGGGUCGUUUCCUAAGUUUCGCGGAGAGGUUAACACUGACUAAGGCGGUCUUGUCAUCAAUCCCAGUACACGCUAUGAGCACAAUCUCCUUGCCAAAGCAUACGCUUAAUAAGCUUGAUCAGAUUUCAAAGUCUUUUUUAUGGGGAAGUACUCUGGCUAAGAGGAAACAACACCUUGUUGCGUGGAGUAGAAGUAGUAUGUGGGCUAGGGUGUUUCGAUCAAAGUACAGAGUUGGUGAUCCACAUGACAAGUCAUGGCUAGUUGUUAAGAGCCACUGGUCAUCAACAUGGCGUAGUGUGAGUAUAGGACUACGAGAAGUGGUGAUGCCGGGAUUAAGUUGGAUCAUAGGAGAUGGGAGGGAGAUACGCUUUUGGCUGGAUAAAUGGUUAGCUAAUAAGCCUCUUAUAGACAUGCUGGUUGGUGAGCCCCCAGUGGGUUAUGAGAAUGUAAGAGCCUGUGAAGCUUGGCGUAAUGGUAUGGGGUGGAGUGACUCGCUGAUAUUGAGAUACUUAACAGAUUGUGCUAAGUUGCAACUACGAGCAGUGGUCAUUGAUAACGUGACUGGAGCAUCAGAUCGGUUAUCAUGGGGAGGUAGUCUUGAUGGCAGAUUCUCGGUUCAAUCUGCUUAUGCUGUCCUGACCAGGAAUGAUAAACCUCGCCAGGAUAUGACGCUGUUUUCACGCGGUUAUGGAAGGUCAAAGCUCCAGAACGUGUGCUUGGGAGAUAAUGUGGAACAGGAGGGUUACUCAUGGGCUACGCAGUUUGUGGUGGUGAUAUGGUGGGCUUGGAAGUGGCGGUGUGGGAACAUUUUCGAGAGUACGGCACGGUGUCGGGAUAGAGUAGGUGGAAGAGUGCGACCAAAUAGAGGGAUGAGGAUGAUCGCAUGGUCUCCUCCAAGCGUAGGAUGGGUUAAGCUGAAUACGGAUGGCGCAUCGCAUGGGAAUCCGGGUUUGGCUACAGCUGGUGGUGUGUUGCGAGAUAGUGAUGGCGCCUGGAUUGGAGGUUUUGCUUUUAAUAUUGGUAUAUGCACUGCUCCGUUGGCGGAACUCUGGGGAGUUUAUUAUGGGUUGUAUACUGCUUGGGAGAAGGGUAUAACGCGUGUGGAGUUGGAAGUAGAUUCAGAACUGGUGGUGGGUUUCUUAACGACAGUGAUUGAGGACUCUCAUCCGUUGUCUUUCCUAGUACGUUUGUGCUAUGACUUUAUCUCAAGGGACUGGAUAGUCCGUAUUGGUCAUAUGUAUAGGGAGGCUAACCGUCUUGCAGAUGGCUUAGCUAACUAUGCGUUAUUGCUUCCGUUAGGUUUUCAUUCAUUUGUUUUAUCUCUGGAACCAGUCCGUUCUAUUGUUUUGCAGGACUUGGUUGGGUUUUCCCUUCCACGAUCUGUUUGUCUGUAA